GAUGCACUGACAUAUGAUGAUGUCCACAUUAACUUCACUCCAGAAGAAUGGGCUUUGCUGGAUCCUUCCCAGAAGACUCUCUACACAGAUGUGAUGCUGGAGACCUACAGGAACCUCACUGCUAUAGGUUACAAAUCAGAAGACAAUAAUAUUGAAGAACAUCUUCAAAAUUCUAGAGUACAUGGAAGACAUAAAAGAACACAUUCUGGAGAGAAACCCUAUGAAUGUACUGAUUGUGGCAAAGCCUUUUCAAUGCACAGUACUCUCCAAAUACAUAAAAGAACACAUUCUGGAGAGAAACCCUAUGAAUGUAAUCAAUGUGGUAAAACCUUUUCACAACAAAGUCAUCUCCAAAACCAUAAAAGGACACAUUCUGGAGAGAAACCCUAUGAAUGUAAUGAAUGUGGUAAAGUCUUUUCACGACAGAGUCAUCUCCAGUACCAUAAAACAACACAUUCUGGAGAGAAACCCUAUGAAUGUAAUCAAUGUGGUAAAGCCUUUUCACAACACAGUAGUCUCCGAAUUCAUAAAAGAACACAUUCUGGAGAGAAACCCUAUGAAUGUAAUGAAUGUGGCAAAGCCUUUUCAAUGCACCGUACUCUCCAAAUACAUAAAAGGACACAUUCUGGAGAGAAACCCUAUGAAUGUAAUCAAUGUGGUAAAACCUUUUCAAUGCACCGUACUCUCCAAAUACAUAAAAGGACACAUUCUGGAGAGAAACCCUAUGAAUGUAAUCAAUGUGGUAAAACCUUUUCACAACAAAGUCAUCUCCAAAACCAUAAAAGGACACAUUCUGGAGAGAAACCCUAUGAAUGUAAUGAAUGUGGUAAAGCCUUUUCACGACAGAGGUCCUCUCCGGAAACAAAAGAGCACACACUGGAGAAAAACCCUAUGAUUGCAGGGAAUGUGGAAAAGCCUUUGCAGUUUUCUGUACUUUUCAGAAUCAUGAAAGAGUUUAUACUGGAGAGAAGCCCUGUAAAUGCA